AUCAAAACGUCAAUUUAAACAUUUCAGAAAUGGAAUUUUGAUUGAGUGAGGUUAUGUUAGAUUCCGAAAAUAUUUGUUUGGGAAAUUAAUAAAGAAUUCACAAUGGCAUUGUUGAAAACCUUACUUCCUCGACAACUUAUUGCAAGCACUCAUCGGGCAAUCAUUGCGAACAUUCGUCACAAAACUACAGAAACCAAAAACGAGGACGAACCUGUCGAAAUAGAAAAUCCAUUCAAGAAAGAGGAACAGCAAUGCAUCCUCUGUAAACUGAAAAUCACUCCGGACUACAAAAACUACCGGCUUCUAUCCCAGUUCCAGAGUCCCUACACCGGGAGAAUAUACGGGAGACACAUAACAGGACUUUGUAAAGCUAAACAAGAACUGGUCGAAGCAGAAAUCACAAAGGCGCAAAACUGUGCUCUAAUGCCAUACUAUUAUAAAGAUAAAGCGUUCUUGAAGGACCCUAAACUAUUUGAUCCGGAGAAUCCUAUUAGGUCGCACAGAUUCUAAUUUGUUACAUAGUUUUUAGAUGUUAGUUUAAUUAAUGAGUUUUAAUAAAUAUGUAUU